UGGGUUGGGACGGGCCCUAUGGGCAGACCCACUCUUGUGAAUUGGAAUACUUUAUUCUUUGUAAAUUGAAGAGAAGUGAGAGAGAAAAUGGAUCUGAUCUGAUCUGAUCUGCUGGUUACAGUUUCGCCGCCACGAUUCCUACUCCGAUCACCCACUCCUAACUGAAAAAAAAUGAAAAAACGAUCUGUGUCAUAAGGCUCCUGCCGGCUGUCGCUCCUCCAAGGCUUGAAGUUGAAGGAUAAGAUUUGGGUUUGUGUUUGUGUGUGUUUGCAAGAUUAGCUUCAGUCUCAUCAGGAGCAGCGCCGAAAAGAUUACAAAAAGAAGUUCGUUCGUUUUUGGACUCUUUAUGGACCCAGAAGCUGCACGGACUGCUAGAGAAUCUCUGGACCUGGCAUUUCACAUGUCAAACAUUCUUGAUACAGGGCUUGAUCGUCACACCCUCUCUGUUCUCAUUGCUCUAUGUGAUUUGGGUCUGAACCCGGAGGCACUGGCUGCUGUGGUGAAGGAGCUUCGAAGGGAGACCUCUUCCUCCUCCCAAAUGCCAAAAGCUCCAUCAUCUUUUGCCUAGACAGGUUUAUGUUAUCUUCUGCUACCAAUUAACGUUGAAAAAAAAACACUCAGAAUGUUGUUUUUAACAGCCUCCAUUACAUGUGCAAGGUUCAACUUCUAUAUGUAAUGAUUGUCAUCAGCAUUAUGUCAAUGCUAUCGUAUGUUCUUUUUCUUUUUCAA